UUUGGGUCUCAGUACCCUGGUAGCUAUUCUGGCUCCUACUCCAAGUCACCCGUGGGGUUGCAAUUCGGAUACUCCCCAGAGCAGCAGGAAACCCACCCCGAGGGUUCUUCAAGGACAUCUACACCCUUUGGAUCAGGGUGUGGUGGAGAAAAAAGAAUGUCUAAUGAGUGGGAAAGUUAUUUCAAGCCUUCAAUGCUUGAAGACCCUUGGGCUGGCCUUGAACCCAUAUCUGUAGUGGAUUUUAACCAACAAUACAACAGUAUUCAAACAUUCAGAGGCAGAAAAGGAAGAUACUUUUGUUAACAUUUCUGAAAUUCAUCUAGAAGCUUCCCAUUUCAGGAACAUCUUGGACAAAACUUUCACUUGUGUAAUUACAUUGAACUUAAGAUGGUGACUUUGAAUAUUUAGUUGGGUCUUCUUGAUAUUUUUCAUCAUAUCAAGUAUUGUUGAUAUUAGAGAAGACAUACAGUAGAAUAAUUUGCAGUAUUUAGCUCUUUAGAAGUGCCUACCACAUUUUAGAGAAUUUACAGUUUCCAAAUAUUUCACGUUCACAGUUAUAUAAUGGACAUGUGUCUUUCAAUGGUUUUCCAAUGUUUUAAAAUAAAACAUUUUGUCUUUUUAGAAAAAAAAAAAAAAGCAAAGGGACUAAGUUGCAAGUGCUUGAUAAGGUACAGUAAUGGUUUUGUUUUGAAUUGUAACAAGAUUUGACUGGCAAGAUAUCAGCCAAAGCCCAAAAGACUUUUUUUUUUCUUUUAGAGUUUAUAACAACAGUGCCAUUUAGAAAAUAAGGAAGGGCAGAAUUUUAGCCCCACAAGAAGGAUUAAAGACCUUUCUAGGUUGG